GUCAAAAUAUCCAGCGUAAUAACUAAGCCACUCCUUAAAACACACCCAAUUCAUAAACGAAUCUAAUACCUCAAAUGUUAUAAAGAACACAUCUCAAAGUUUUCUUCCACACAUAAUUUUCAUUAUCCUACAACUUCAACCAUCAAUUUCUCUCUCCCUUUCUUCUUUCUCUCAAACUCCUCCCAUGUCCUGCAUAAGUCUAAGACUUCCACCUGCUAAAAAGGUAUGGAAAAGCUUCACCUCUAAGCUUAGCAGUAAACUCCACAACAUUCGAAAAUCCAAAGCCAUGAAGAAACAAAGAAAGAAUAAAAAAAACACCAAAACUACAACUAUCACCACCACUACUACCAAGCCACAACCUAAGUUUCUUGCUACGAAGCGUUUUCGUCGCAAAAAGUUAGCCACGGUUAGAAGUGUGUUAUUCAGCUUCAACAAAAAGCCUGCACCUGUUUAUAUUGAUAAGCUCUUCAAAGAGCCUUGUGAUUAUGUAGGGUAUUUGAAACCACAGACACAGCCAGUUUACAAACCACGAACCGAAGUAGUAGCUGUGAAGGAUUCUUCAGAGAAGAAACAAGUGGUGGAACUAGAAGGAACAAGUAGGAGAUGUGAGAAAGCAAGUGCAUCAGAUGAUGAUGUGUGGGAGUCAGUGGCAUUAGGUUCACCUCAGAUGCAAGGAAUUGAUGAACGAGCUGAGGAGUUUAUUGUUAGGUUUAGGAAACAGAUGGCUGCACAAGAGAGAUUAGCAAGAAGUUUGUAGUACAUGUAAUUGUUGCUGUUGUUGUGUAAUAAAAUUAAUAAGGUUGAUUGGUUGGUGCUUAAAAUGAAAGCAAGAAACAAAAUUCGUUUUGUUUGGUUAGUAUAAAGAAAACUGGACUAGUAUUAUAGGUCUGGUAGAUUACUAAAAACUGGUAAGAUCCUUUAAUCCUUAUAUAGGGUAUGGUUUAGUAAUGUGUUUUGAAUUCCUUCAAUUGUGCUAUUUUGACCUACAUAUUGGUCAGUCCACCGUUCAUGAGAAACGAUGCUUGGAAUAAAGCCACUCAUAUCUUCUAGCUGCAGAGAUGCAUGUGAACUAAUUUUUGGUUCAAUCCAAGCCUUUUCCAACUGCUUUAUCUUUGGUUCAUUUAAGUUAUUUCCCUCAAUUACCUUCAUGUAUGCUCCCACCACUGAGUUUUUCGCUUAGUAUACCAACUUGUUUUUUU